UCGCCCGCCUCUCCGUUGUGGGCCCGGCCUGGCGCCGCCGUGGGGGCUCCUUCCCGGCCCCGCCGGCGCCCUCCAGUUCGCUCCGGUUCCGUCGCCCCAUUGUGUGCCGUGUGCUGGGCCGCGGGGUCGGGCGGCUCCGACCCUGCCGCGCUCUCGGGGCCCGCCCGUCCCCGCCGCUGCCGGCGGUAACAAUGGGAGCCGUGCUCCCGCYCUGCCGGGCUCCUCGCGGGCCGUCGGGCCCGCUGCUGCCGCCGCUCCUCGGUGACGCCCCGGCGGCCGUGGCCGGGGUGGUUUUGAUGCCCUCGUAAAAUUCCCGGGCAACGGGCGGUUCAGGGGUCCUGGAGGAGCCCCGGCCCGCGAAUGCCGCCCUCCUCCACGYCCCUCCAUCCCGGUCUGGGGGCUCUGCUUGCGCCCUCCGGCCCGGGAGUCUCCCUGGUAAAGCGCUGCCCGUCGAUAACAAGUCGGGGGCUCUGAUGGCAUCUGCGGGAGCAUCUCCCUAAAAGCUCGUGCUUUGCAUGCACGGAGUGACUCGGUUUGCGGCCGCCAUGUCUUUGCUCCGGGGAAAAACUUCUCACACUGAUAACCCUCUUUUGGAUUCUUUUUCUGCCCCAUGUUGCAGGGAAAGCUUUGCCUUCUCUGGCACUUUCCUUUGGGGCUCUGGAGCUUUUUGCACGUGUUAAUUAAGCUUUGUCGGAAUGAGAUGAAAAAAUACCAUUUCUCUGUAUUAACACAUCAGGGAAACUGAGACUGGGAUGUGCCAGCGCUCAUGGAGUGGCAGCCAGCAGGCCUGGCACAGCCAUGGGGCCUACAAAUCCUGGUACUGAAACUGUAACUUACCUGACRUUUCUAAUAAAAUGAACAGUUUGUUACAUUUUUGUAUCCCCUCAUUUUCUGGAGACUCCACACUUCACUUGUGUAGUUGAGACUCUCCUCUUUAGGCCUGGCAGACAGGCRGUGAUGUGGUCUGAGAAGGAAAGGGGGAAACGGCAAAUGCCUUAUUUGAUGCGGGUAUUGUAACCUGUAGCUGUGAAACUUUUUGUUUUCUUUAAGCCCUGAGUGCAGUGCUGGCCUGUUYUCCUGAGGUGUGAGCACUGCCCCAUUUAAUGCUGGUGCUCCAGUGUGGACUGGUCACCACUUGCUUUGGCUGGAGCUGCCCUUUCACCUCUUGGUGCACGUGGGCAGRUUUGCUCUUUUAAAAGAGGUGAAAUGUUUUCGGUGAGGAUGGUUUUGAUCUGGGAAACUCAUGUGCAGCUGUGGGGCCAGGAUAGACAUUGGGAUAACCAYGUUCUGCAGUUCAGUGCUGCUCAUGAGCUCAUCUCAAGUACCCCCAUUGUGGAAUAAGUUAUCAGUAUUUGAAUCCUCUUUCCUCAAGGGGUCUGCAUGGGUCACCCCCUUACCUGAUGGCCUCAGCAGARUGAGAGCCUGGGUGAGGUUUUUAUUGUAGAUAUUUUUCUUGGGUUUUUUUGCAUGUUAAAGGACAAAUGCUCGUGCUGCUGGUGGCAGCAAUGCAGCUGGGCAGGGUAUGGCAGCUGCUGAAUGAUGCCUGGGCACUGCACAAGGUUUAAACUCGCCUGGAACUGCAGCUCAGGGAAGUUGCAGGCUGGGUUCCUACAGAUGUGUGGAAUCACUUCCCUCUGGGCCUGUGGUUCUGCUGCCAGGUUGGUUAAAUGCAACAAAUUGUUUGUGUGUGAAACUUGGAACUGGAAGAAAGCAAAAAUAAAUAUAUGCCAUGAGAAAGAAGCCUGCAUGGAGGGGAUGGCUGGGGACAGGGGGCUUUGUCUGCUCUGCCUUGGCAGAAGCCCAGGCUUGGUGUUCUUCCCGCAUUCCUCAGGGGCUCCUGAUGGCUCUGCAGGUAGUUUGGAUUGUUUCUUGAUAGGAGACCUUGUAAAACUGGYGUUAAUUGGCGUAGAUGAGGCAUAGAUGGCCACAAAGGGGGAACUUUGGAGGUUUUGUAGGGAGCUGCAGGAGCAGUUGCACAAAAAUUUGCCUACAAAUGAAGGGCAGGCACUGAGGGGAGCAGGCAUGGGGGAUGUGUGUCCAGUGCAAAGGGGAUGUUAAUGCCUCUCUGCUCUCAGGAAGGAUUUCUCACCCAGUCGAGUGCUUACAAACUUCUACAGGAGUUUCCCCAGCUUUUCCUGGGCUAUUUGCUAGCACUGCUUCUGAGUUUCCCUACUUGGCACCCUGUGUUUUGCUCUGUCCUGCCUUGCUCACGUACUGCAGUGUUUUGGAUCAGAUCCUGCAGGUCAGAUUGUCUUGCUAAGCUUUUCUCCCUGCCCUGACACUCUGUGGCUCCUUCCAUUGUCCAGGUGCACGCAGCAAGUCCUGCUGUUUUGGGGGAAGGCUUUGGAGUCUUAGUAACGAAAUACAAAAAUUCUGUGAAAUUUCUGUAUUCUGUGAUUAUUGAAAUUUCAGGGGCUCAGAAGUGCUGUGGGAUGUCUCUUGAAUCUUUUGUGCUGGGAAGGUGCUUGGGAGGGUAAAACCUCAGUGCUAAUCCCCUUCUAACACUCCCUGCCUUGAGGCCCAGUCUGAGAUUGGAAAAAUGCUUGCCUGGGACACUCAAACUCUUCUUGGGAUUUUUUGCCUCAGGCAUUUAUCUAACAAUGUUACUGGCUGUUAUUCUUUAUAGACAUCUUGUUCACUUUUUUUGGUAUGUUUUUARUACAGAAUACUAAGAAAAGCUUGAUAUUUCCAGUUUGGGGGAAUAAUAUAAAUAAACAAAAACAGGCAGUUCUAGGAGGGCAGGUUUUCUUUAAAACAAAAAUUCCACAGACCUGUAGCACCACUUAUUGCUGGAGCAUUUUUGCUUCCGCUGCCCUGCUUCGAAGGUAAGAAAGGAAAAGGGGAAGUUGCUGAGUAGCUGUGUCUGAGGCUCUGAGAUACUCUGUCUACUAAGUGAAGUUUCUUUGAAGCUUUUUUUCAAGCAUUUCUGCUCCAGUUGAUGGCCACAGCCUGUGGCAAAUCUGUGCCCACUUAUUUUGUGUUUCAACAAGUUGCUCAAUUCUUUGCCUCAAAUCCAGGGAAUGACUUCAGAAUGAAGGCGAGUCGAUCUAGAUUGCCUGAGAAAGAGUUUUUUUUACAAUGAGGAUAGUGAGGCCCUGGCACAGGUUGCCCAGAGAAGCUGUGGCUGCCCCAUUCCUGGUUGGACCAGGCUUGGAGCAGCCUGGUCUAGUGUAAGCUGUCCCUGUCCAUGGCAGGGGUGGCACUGGAUGGGCUUUAAGGUCCCUUCCAACCYGAAUUGGUCUGUGAGUCUGUGAUUCUACUUCUGCUACUGGGGCCUGGUUGCUCCCACCUGGAACACUCUGCCAUGGUAUCGAGAGAGGAACCUCAAGAAGCACAAAUGGCUGUUUUGUGUUGGGACCACACGGUGAUGGCAGCCUGGUCCACUGUGGUUUUAGGGAAGUGGUGGGGAGUGGUGGGGUCUGUAGCAGCCUUUCUGGCUCUAUUGCCCAUGUGUUUGUUCAGUCUUGGUGCURUCUUUUUGUUUUGGUUUCUAACAGUCCGUUCUCUCUUCUCCCCUGACCCACCACAGAGUUCAACCUUGUAAAUACUGUUAUUUGUAUAUACUGUAAAUGAUGACAUCGGUGGGCACUAACCGAGCCCGGGGGAACUGGGAGCAGACACAGACACAGAGCCAGACGCAGCACAAGCAGCGGCCGCAGGCCACUGCGGAACAGAUUCGACUUGCACAGAUGAUUUCGGACCACAACGAUGCUGACUUUGAGGAGAAGGUGAAACAACUGAUUGACAUCACAGGCAAGAACCAGGACGAGUGUGUGAUUGCUCUGCAUGACUGCAACGGAGAUGUCAACAGAGCCAUCAACGUGCUGCUGGAGGGCAAUCCAGACACGCAUUCCUGGGAAAUGGUUGGGAAGAAGAAAGGUGUCUCAGGACAGAAAGAGAGUGGACAGACGGAACCCAGUGAAGAAAGCAAAGAGAACCGGGAGCGGGAGCGGGAUUUCAGCAGACGACGUGGCGGGCUGCCGAGGCGAGGACGAGGUGCCAGCCGUGGAAGAGAGUUUCGGGGCCAGGAGAAUGGGCUAGAUGGUGCUAAGAGUGGAGGAUCUUCUGGAAGAGGCACGGAAAGAGGGAGACGGGGACGUGGCCGAGGCMGAGGUGGCUCUGGACGGCGAGGGGGAAGAUUUUCUGCCCAAGGCAUGGGGACUUUCAAUCCAGCUGACUAUGCUGAGCCRAGCAGCACAGAUGAGAAUUAUGGGAAUAGCAACAACAAUACGUGGAACAACACUGGGAGCUUUGAGCCGGACGAUGGCACAAGACUUGAUUUCAUUGGGGGUGAGGGGUCAAAUUAUCCCCGAAAAUUUGACACUGCUCCUGGUACGAUACAUCCAGGUGCAUGGAGGGCAGCAACAGAAGAAUGGGGCACRGAAGACUGGAAUGAAGAUCUGUCAGAGACAAAGAUCUUCACAGCUUCCAAUGUGUCUUCAGUGCCUCUGCCUGCUGAGAAUGUGACAAUCACAGCUGGACAAAGAAUUGAUCUGGCAGUCCUGCUAGGAAAGACACCCUCUUCUAUGGAGAAUGAGUCAACAAACCUGGAGUCAUCCCAGACUCCUUCCCUGGCCCAGCCACUGGUGUUCAGCAAUUCUAAGCAGAGUGCUCUAUCCCAGCCUGCYUCUGGAAACUCCUUCUCUCACCACAGCAUGGUGAGCAUGUUGGGGAAAGGGUUUGGAGAUGUCGGGGAGGCCAAAGGCAGCAGUACCACAGGGUCGCAGUUCCUGGAGCAGUUCAAGACAGCCCAGGCUCUGGCUCAGCUGGCAGCUCAGCACACCCAGCCUGCUGGGAGCACCACUGCUGCUUCCUGGGACAUGGGAUCCACCACACAGUCCUCGUCUCUGGUGCAGUACGAUCUCAAGAACCCAACAGACUCUUCCGUGCAUAGUCCCUUCACCAAGCGUCAGGGCUUCACAUCAACUUCAACCAUGAUAGAAGUGUUCAUGCAGGAGAAACAGCCUGUGGUGACUGCUUCCACAACCACGCCGGCWCCCCCUUCCUCUCCAUUGCCCAGCAAAACCAAUCCUGUUCCCCAGAUGUCCCCAGGGUCCUCGGACAACCAGUCUUCAAGUCCCCAGCCAGCMCAGCAGAAGCUGAAGCAGCAAAAGAAAAAAGCAUCAUUAACAUCAAAGAUUCCUGCACUUGCAGUGGAAAUGCCUGGCUCCUCGGAUAUCUCAGGGCUAAACCUGCAGUUUGGGGCGUUACAGUUUGGUUCAGAGCCUGUUCUUGCCGAGUACGAAUCGACGCCCACAACCAGUGCUGCUGUGAGCCAGUCUCAGAGCAGCCUGUACACCAGCUCGGCCAGUGAAUCUUCAUCCACAAUUUCGUCCAAUCAAAGCCAGGAGUCUGGUUACCAGAGUGGCACAAUACAGACAGCAACAUUUACCUCCCAGAAUAGUGCUCAGGGACCACUGUAUGAACAGAGAUCCACCCAGACGAGGCGAUACCCAAAUUCUAUCUCCUCCUCGCCCCAGAAAGAUCUGACCCAGGCUAAGAAUGGUUUCAGUUCUGUACAACCCACGCCAUUACAAACUACACAGGCUGUUGAAGGUGCUACAGGCCCUGCAGUGAAAUCCGAUUCCCCCUCUGCUCCCAGUAUUGCACCUCUCAACGAUGGGGUGUCUGCAUCGUCCUUGCUGACAACAGCCAGCCAACAUGCAACAGCUCUGAGCAGCCUGAGCCACAGUGAGGAGCUCCCCAGUACAACCACUGCUCAGCUCAGCAGUGCAUUACCCACCCAGCAGAACAGUCUGUCCUCAUCCACAUCCUCUGGGCGAACAUCGACUUCAACUCUUUUGCACACAAGUGUGGAGAGUGAAGCAAGCCUCCAUUCUUCUGCUAGUACUUUCUCCACCUCCUCCAGCACGGUGUCAGCUGCCCCACCAGUUGUCAGUGUUUCAUCCAGCCUCAGCAGUGUCAGCAGCCUGGGGCUCAGCCUCAGCAGCAACUCCACGGUGACGGCCUCGACUCGCAGCUCCGUUGCAACCACAUCAGGAAAAGCCCCUCCCAAUCUCCCUCCUGGAGUCCCACCGUUGUUGCCUAAUCCAUACAUCAUGGCUCCAGGGUUGCUACAUGCCUAUCCGCCACAGGUGUACGGAUAUGAUGAUUUGCAAAUGCUCCAGACAAGAUUCCCAUUGGAUUACUACAGCAUCCCAUUCCCUACACCCACCACGCCACUGACUGGAAGAGAUGGCAGCCUGAGCAGCAAUCCAUACUCUGGUGACUUAACAAAAUUUGGCCGAGGUGAUGCCUCUUCCCCAGCUCCUGCAACAACUCUGGCACAGCCUCAGCAGAGCCAGACCCAGACUCACCACACCACACAGCAGACGUUCCUGAACCCGGCGCUGCCUCCUGGCUACAGUUACACCAGUCUGCCAUACUACACAGGGGUACCAGGGCUCCCCAGCACCUUCCAGUACGGGCCCGCCGUGUUCCCUGUUGCUCCUACCUCUUCCAAGCAGCAUGGUGUGAAUGUCAGCGUCAACGCAUCAGCAACCCCUUUCCAGCAGCCCAGUGGCUAUGGCUCUCAUGGGUACAGCACUGGUGUAUCCGUGACAUCCAGUAAUACAGGGGUGCCGGACAUCUCGGGCUCUGUCUACUCCAAAACUCAGCAAUCCUUCGAGAAGCAGGGAUUUCACACUGGAACCCCAGCAGCCUCCUUCAACCUGCCUUCGGCGCUGGGCAGCGGCGGCCCCAUCAACCCUGCRACGGCAGCGGCGUAUCCCCCCACCCCCUUCAUGCACAUCCUGACCCCACAUCAGCAGCCACACUCGCAGAUCCUCCACCACCACCUGCAGCAGGACGGGCAGAGCGGCUCCGGGCAGCGCAGCCAAGGCAGCUCCAUCCCCCAGAAAUCGCAGGCCAACAAGUCCGCCUACAACAGCUACAGCUGGGGUGCCAACUGAGGCCGGGCCCCCUCGCCACCACUCGCUUCCAGAAGAGAAUCCCAGCGACCCCAAUGACGACGAAGGAUCCCAGGGAGGAGAGAGCCCUGUGGCGGGGAGCACCUGGGCCCCCAGCCCUGGCAGGGCCCCGCAGGGCAGGCCGCAGGCACCUCUGCGUUGUCUGUCUUCAGCCACUUUCCUGUUGUAUGUAAUAUAGAAUUUGUAUUUUUUUCUUUUUUUUUUUUUUUCCUUUUUUUUUUCUC